CUGGAUGUGGGGAGGGGGUUUCACCUGGGCAUCUGCCCAACCCCUCUGCAUUUAGCGUGACUUUCAUCCGGCUGCAGGUAAUGUCUCUGGAUCCUGCAGGCAAAAUGGCCCACUUCCGGGACAGGACAUCCCAGGUGUACAGCAGCCUGCUGAUUGCCACAGGCAGCAGCCCUCGGAAGCUCCAAUGCCCAGGCUGCAGCCUGGAGAAUGCCCGCAUGUUCCUCACCCCUGAAGAUGCCAACCGGAUCCUGGCCUUGGCCUUGGCCAAGACCGUCGUGAUUGUAGGAGCCUCUUUCAUUGGUACAGGGACUCUGGACUUAUUUGCACCCAUAGCUAUGAGCUGAA